UCUUUUCUUGAGUAGGAAGUUCUUUUUUUUGGUUACAUUUUCUUGAGUAGGAAGUUGAGCCUGCCUUCAAGACUAAAAACACCCCCAUUUUCAAAAACUUGACCCUCUCUUGUCAUCAUCGGCAUCAUCCAUCGAGCAGUAAAUUACCGAAACAGGCAUUAAGAAAACAUGAGUAGAGGAAGCGGAGGUGGAUACGAUCGUCAUAUCACCAUUUUCUCACCGGAGGGGCGCCUCUUUCAAGUCGAGUAUGCUUUCAAGGCUGUUAAGUCUGCAGGGAUAACCUCGAUUGGUGUUAGGGGGAAAGAUUCGGUUUGUGUGGUUACUCAGAAAAAGGUUCCGGACAAGCUCUUAGACCAUACAAGUGUUACACAUCUCUUUCCUAUUACCAAGUACCUUGGUUUACUGGCCACUGGCAUCACAGCUGAUGCCAGGACACUAGUUCAACAAGCAAGAAAUGAAGCUGCUGAGUAUCGCUUUAGAUAUGGAUAUGAGAUGCCUGUGGAUGUGCUGUCUAAAUGGGUUGCAGACAAAUCACAAGUAUAUACACAACAUGCUUAUAUGAGACCACUUGGAGUAGUUGCCAUGGUUUUGGGUAUUGAUGAUGAACUUGGGCCCCAGCUUUACAAAUGUGACCCUGCUGGUCAUUACUUUGGUCACAAGGCCACAAGUGCUGGAUUAAAGGACCAAGAGGCAAUCAAUUUCUUGGAAAAGAAGAUGAAGAAUGACCCUUCAUUUACCUAUGCCGAGACAGUUCAGACUGCCAUUUCUGCCUUGCAAUCAGUUCUUCAAGAGGAUUUUAAGGCAACUGAGAUUGAGGUUGGAGUUGUGCAGAAGGAUAAUCCAGAAUUUAGAGUUUUGUCCACCGACGAAAUUGACGAGCACUUGACAGCAAUAAGCGAGCGUGAUUGAGUUCUUAACAAGGAUAUGACUAUCCAAACCAUCUUAUGUUAGAUUAAUUCAUUUACUUGUUGCUCCCUAUCAUUGAAUCAAUAUUUAUAUGAUAUCUGAGUAUAUCUAGUUGCCAAAACAUGAUGUUGAAUAGUAUUGUAUUUGCUAUUAUUAUACUAAGUCACUGUUCGUACCUCAACCAUUUUACACAUUAGCGUAACUAUUCUGCAGUCUAUUUGUAUUCUGCACAUUAGUAUGCUGAAACCAUACCUUAACAUCA